UCUAUGAAUGACAUCAAUUGAAACGAUAAGGUAAACUUAACCUAACUUUUAUAUUUACAAACAUUUAAAAACAAGAAAAAAACGAAUAUUUAAUGUAAAAAUGACCCUCGGUAAUCCUAAUAAAGUGUUUUCAAAUAAAAGGAAACAGCCCACAUACCCUCCACAAGGUAUCCGUUGUCAAAAAUGCCUGGAAUAUGGACACUGGUCAUACGAAUGUAAAGGAAAGAGGAAGUAUUUGCACCGAUCUUCAAGAACCAAACAGUUACAGAAGCGGAUUAAGCUCAGAGAACAGGCUAAUACUACAACCAAGGAUGGAAAAGAAGACAAAAGCAGUUCUGAUCAAAAAAAACAAAGUUCAUCGUCAGAAAGCAGCAGUGAAGACAGUUCAUCAGAAAGUAGUUCAAAUGAUACAUCUUCCGAUUCAGACACAGAUAAUAAAGACUCAUCUUCCUCAACUUCCACGUCUUCAUCCUCAAGUUCUGACUCUGACUGAAUGUAAAAUGUGAAGCACUGUAUAUAGCUUUAUCCAUUUAAACUGACUUUUAAUUUUUAUAUAAUAAAUCUCAAACUUUUAAAAAUAUAAUACAAUUUAAUUCUA